AUGGAGCCGACGUUGAGGGCCUCCUUCCUCGGCCUCCUCUUGGUUAGUCUUUUCCCACAGUGUGAAUCUGGGCUCGCCUCCUCAGAGGUGGAGAAAGAGCAUCGCGAACUCAGAAGCAUUUGCGGCCCAAACGGGGAUGAUUGCCGGAAGUCAUGCCCCGUUGGCUGGAUGUACUACGAAGACUACUGCUAUGGAUUGUUUGAGGACCAUAUGACCUGGGCAGACGCAGAGGUGCACUGCCAGGGCGUUAAAAGCGAGGCCCACCUGGCCUCCUUCAGUAAUCAGAAAGAGCUGAAAAAGAUGGCCAAGUACAUUUCCACUGUCCAGAAAGGGGGAGGUCAUGUCUGGAUUGGACUUUAUGACCCUGCAGGGUCACGGUAUUGGAAAUGGACGGAUCUCUCAUUCGGUUCGUACUAUCCUUGGGAUGAUGGGGAGCCCAACGAUACCAAUGAACGCUGUGUCCAUCUGGCUGCCCAUAAAGGAUUUGAAAAACUGAACGAUGCAUUUUGCCAGCUGGAGAUGCCCUACAUUUGCAAAUAUCAUCUGUAG